UAGGGACACGUGACCAUCAGUAAUCAUGAGCAACCCAUUCAAGCACAUUGCUGAGCCAUUGGAUCCUGCACAACCAGGAAAGAAAUUCUUUAAUUUGAAUAAAUUGGGGGAUUCAAGAUAUGGACGUUUACCAUUUUCUAUCAGAGUUCUCCUGGAGGCAGCUGUUCGGAACUGUGAUGAGUUUUUGGUGAAGAAAAACGACAUUGAAAACAUCCUGAAUUGGAAUGUCAUGCAGCAUAAGAACAUAGAAGUGCCAUUUAAGCCUGCCCGAGUCAUCUUACAGGACUUUACGGGUGUGCCAGCUGUGGUUGACUUUGCUGCAAUGCGUGAUGCUGUAAAAAAGUUAGGAGGAGAUCCAGAGAAAAUAAACCCUGUCUGCCCUGCUGAUCUUGUAAUUGAUCAUUCCAUCCAAGUUGAUUUCAGCAGAAGGGCAGACAGUUUGCAGAAGAAUCAAGACCUGGAAUUUGAAAGAAAUAGAGAACGAUUUGAGUUUUUAAAGUGGGGUUCCCAGGCUUUUUGCAACAUGCGGAUUAUUCCCCCUGGCUCAGGAAUCAUCCACCAGGUGAAUUUGGAAUACUUAGCAAGAGUGGCAUUUGAUAAGGAUGGAUAUUAUUAUCCAGACAGCCUCGUGGGCACAGAUUCACACACUACCAUGAUCGAUGGUUUGGGUGUUCUCGGUUGGGGUGUAGGUGGUAUUGAAGCUGAAGCUGUCAUGCUGGGUCAGCCAAUCAGCAUGGUGCUUCCUCAGGUGAUUGGCUACCGGCUGAUGGGCAAUCCCCACCCACUGGUAACGUCCACUGACAUCGUGCUUACCAUUACCAAGCAUCUCCGCCAGGUUGGGGUAGUAGGCAAAUUUGUCGAGUUUUUUGGACCAGGAGUAGUCCAGUUGUCCAUUGCUGACCGAGCUACUAUUGCCAAUAUGUGUCCAGAGUAUGGAGCAACUGCUGCCUUUUUCCCAGUUGAUGAAGUUAGUAUCAAGUACCUGGUGCAGACAGGUCGUGAUGAAGCAAAAGUAAAGCAAAUUAAAAAGUAUCUUCAGGCAGUAGGAAUGUUCAGAGAUUUCGGUGACUCCUCUCAAGACCCAGACUUUGCCCAGGUUGUGGAAUUAGAUUUGAAAACAGUAGUACCUUGCUGCAGUGGACCCAAAAGGCCUCAGGAUAAAGUUGCUGUGUCUGACAUGAAAAAGGACUUUGAGAACUGCCUUGGAGCCAAGCAAGGGUUUAAAGGAUUCCAGAUCGCUCCGGAUCAUCAUAACGACCACAAGACAUUUAUCUAUAAUAAUAGUGAAUUCACACUUGCUCAUGGUUCUGUGGUCAUCGCUGCCAUUACGAGCUGCACAAACACCAGUAACCCCUCUGUGAUGUUAGGGGCAGGAUUGUUAGCAAAGAAAGCUGUGGAUGCUGGCCUGAGUGUGAAGCCUUACAUCAAAACUAGCCUGUCCCCUGGAAGUGGUGUGGUCACCUACUAUCUGCGCGAAAGCGGAGUCAUGCCUUACCUGUCUCAGCUUGGGUUUGAUGUGGUGGGCUAUGGCUGCAUGACCUGCAUUGGCAACAGUGGGCCUUUACCUGAACCUGUAGUAGAAGCUAUCACACAGAGAGACCUUGUAGCUGUUGGGGUACUAUCAGGGAACAGGAAUUUUGAAGGUCGAGUCCAUCCCAACACCCGGGCCAACUAUUUAGCCUCCCCACCCUUAGUAAUAGCAUAUGCAAUUGCUGGGACCAUUAGGAUCGACUUUGAGAAAGAGCCAUUGGGGGUAAAUGCAAAGGGUCAACAGGUAUUUCUGAAAGACAUCUGGCCGACCAGAGACGAGAUCCAGGCAGUGGAGCAUCAGUAUGUCAUCCCUGGCAUGUUUAAGGAGGUCUAUCAGAAAAUAGAGACUGUGAAUGAAAGCUGGAAUGCCUUAGCAGCCCCAUCAGAGAAGCUGUAUUGCUGGAAUCCCAAAUCUACCUACAUUAAAUCACCACCAUUCUUUGAAAAUCUGACUUUAGAUCUUCAGUCUCCUAAAUCUAUAGUGGAUGCCUAUGUGCUGUUAAAUUUGGGAGACUCUGUAACAACUGACCACAUCUCUCCAGCUGGAAAUAUUGCAAGAAACAGCCCUGCGGCUCGCUACUUAACUAACAGAGGCCUGACUCCACGAGAAUUCAACUCCUAUGGCUCUCGCCGAGGUAACGACGCCAUCAUGGCAAGGGGCACAUUUGCCAACAUUCGCUUGUUAAACAAAUUUUUGAACAAGCAGGCACCACAGACUAUACAUCUGCCUUCUGGAGAGAUUCUUGAUGUGUUCGAUGCCGCUGAACGAUACCAGCGGGCUGGCCUUCCCCUUAUCAUUCUGGCUGGCAAAGAGUAUGGCUCUGGAAGCUCUCGAGACUGGGCGGCCAAGGGCCCUUUCCUUUUGGGAAUCAAAGCUGUCCUGGCCGAGAGCUAUGAACGCAUUCACCGCAGUAACCUGGUGGGAAUGGGAGUGAUCCCCCUGGAAUACCUGCCUGGAGAGAAUGCAGGUACCCUGGGACUCACAGGACAAGAACGAUACACUAUCAUCAUUCCAGAAAGCCUCAAACCACGAAUGAAAAUCCAGGUCAAGCUGGACACCGGGAAGACCUUCCAGACUGUCAUGAGGUUUGACACCGAUGUGGAGCUCACUUAUUUCCACAACGGGGGCAUCCUCAACUACAUGAUCCGCAAGAUGGCCAAGUAG